AUGCUGAAGUCUGCUUGUGUUCUGCUCUUGUGCCUCGCACUUGCCAAUGCCUACUAUGGCAAAGGCGGUAAAGGGGGUCGAGGCAAUGGCGGCAAUGGCAAAGGCGGCUAUGGAGGUGGAUAUGGCGGCAUGAGCAGUUAUGGCAACAACGGCGGCUAUGGCGGUUAUGGCAACAACGGAGGCUAUGGCAACGGCGGUGGAUAUGGCGGCAAGGGCAACAAUGGCGGCUAUGGAGGCUAUGGCAACAACGGCGGCUAUGGCGGUUAUGGCAACAAUGGCGGCUAUGGAGGCUAUGGCAACGGCGGCGGCUAUGGCGGCAAGGGCAACAAUGGCGGCUAUGGAGGCUAUGGCAACGGCGGUAGUUAUGGCGGCAAGGGCAACAAUGGUGGCUAUGGAGGCUAUGGCAACAACGGCGGCUAUGGCGGUUAUGGCAACAACGGAGGCUAUGGAGGCUAUGGCAACGGCGGUGGCUAUGGCGGCAAGGGCAGCUCUGGCGGUUAUGGAGGCUAUGGCAACAACGGCGGCUAUGGCAACAAUGGAGGCUAUGGCAGCUAUGGCAAGAACGGAGGCAAUGGAGGCUAUGGCAACAUGGGUGGUUAUGGAGGCUAUGGCAACAACGGUGGAUAUGGCGGCAAGGGCAGCUCUGGCGGUUAUGGAGGCUAUGGCAACAACGGAGGCUAUGGCGGAUAUGGCAACAACGGAGGCUAUGGAGGCUAUGGCAACAAUGGAGGCUAUGGAGGCUAUGGCAACAAUGGAGGCUAUGGAGGCUAUGGCAACAACGGUGGCUAUGGCGGCAAGGGCAACAAUGGAGGCUAUGGAGGCUAUGGCAACAACGGUGGCUAUGGCGGCAAGGGCAACAACGGUGGCUAUGGAGGCUAUGGCAACAACGGAGGCUAUGGAGGCUAUGGCAAUGGUGGUGGCUCUGGCGGCAAGGGUGGCUAUGGCGGAAAAUAUGGAAAAUAUUAA